AUGGAAUACCUUACCAGAGUGCUUAUCAGAGUAGGGGAGCAGCCUGGAUUUGAAUUUCACACAAAAUGUAGGAGCUUGAGGUUGAAUCACAUGUGUUUUGCUGAUGACAUGCUGCUAUUUUGCAAAGGAAAUUUUCAAUCAGUACUACUACUAUUGAGAGGACUACAAACAUUCUCAAACACUUCAGGGUUGCAAGCUAAUGCUAGGAAGUCCAACAUCUUUGGUGCCAAUAUGGACCCCCAAAGCUUGGAAGAUAUAUGCAGUGCUACAGGGUACCAAAAAAGGAAGCUGACUUUUAAAUACUUGGGGGUGCCAGUCUUAGCAAUAAAGAUUAUAGUAGUAGACUGUGAAAUGCUUAUAGAUAAGAUAGGGCAAGGGUCAGAGCCUGGAGUUCAAGGAACCCGUUAUAUGAUGGCAGGGUGCAGCUCAUCAAUUCUGGAUUGGUGGGAUUAUGCUCCACCUAGUGACUGUUGCUGGUAUUGGAGGAAGAUAUGCAACAUCAAGGAUAAAUACAAACAGGGCUAUGUUGGCAAUGGAUGGCUAAAAACUGACGAGAAAUACUCCAUUCAGAGUGGGUAUUACUGGAGUAAAGGAGAUAUAGAAGCUUGGCAAGGGUUUAGAUGGAUAUGGAGCAAAGCUAACAUCCCCAAGCACUGUUUCAUUGGAUGGUUAGUAGCACACAACAGGCUGCUAACAAGGCAAAGGCUGAAACGAAUGGGAAUAAUAUCAGAUGAGAGCUGUGUGCUAUGUGGUGGUGCAGUUGAGAGUAUUGCACACCUUUACUUUGAUUGUCAAUUCUCAAGAGCCUGUUUAGAUAAUAUACUAGUGUAG